GACGGAUGUUUUUGUAUUCGGUUUGAAAGACCUGAUGUUUUGGUGUCAAAUAUCAUUAAAUCUCUUGGAAGGCUACACGAUGGUUUGUUGGCAUCCUAGUUCCAUAUAGAGCUACGUUUCCGGCCUGUCGACGUGUGGGCAAAAAUUUCACUCUCCUUAUAAGGUUCAGACGGCGUACUGGUGAUGCAGUUCCGUUUUGGGAGGCUGAAAGCCCUGGGGCUCUUUCUCUUGGUGUGUCUCUACGUGGGUCUGGUGCUUUUCUCCCUCUUCAACUAUCGAAGCCAAUGUAAAACCUCCAUGCCCUACCACAGCAUUACAGAAGGCUUAAGAGCAGACCAGGCGAACAUGGGCAAAUGCUUGGUGGACCUGGACUCUUUAGGGUUGGCCAAGAUCAAUAUCUUCCAUUCUCCCACCUUUUGUGCGAUAGAACACAAUAACACAGAUGUAAAAGAAGGCGGUACCUGGCAACCAUCCAACUGUGAAUCUCUGCAGAGGGUGGCAAUAAUUGUUCCUUACCGAGACCGUGAGCAGCACCUUCGGAUUCUGUUGAAUCGCCUUCAUCCAAUGUUACAGAAACAGAGGAUUCACUACCGAAUAUUUGUAAUCGAGCAGUUUGGCAACGAUCUCUUCAAUAGAGGAAAGCUGAUGAACGUUGGUUUCAAAGAAGCCCUGAAAGUAGGACACUUCGACUGUUUUAUUUUCCAUGACACUGAUCUCAUUCCUGAAAACGACAAAAACCUUUAUCUCUGUGAUCAAGACGCCCGUCAUUUAUCUUCUGCCAUUGAUGAAAUGAGAUACCAUGUGAUGUAUUAUAACUAUGCUGGAGGAGUAAUUGCCAUGAAUCGAAAGAAUUUUAUAAAAAUUAACGGGUAUUCCAAUAUGUAUUGGGGUUGGGGAAACGAAGACGAUGAUCUAUCAGCAAGAACUCAAGAAAAGGGAUUGCUUCUGACACGACCUCCCGAGCACAUAGGCCGGUAUAAGAUGGUCCGUCAUACCAAAGCCUCUAGGGCCGAGCACGGGAACGAGCUGUUUCUAGGCUGGCGUGGUCGUUGGUAUCAUGACGGUCUGAAUGCGCCGUAUGGUAUGAACUACACCGUGAUCAAGCAGACAAACCUAACGCUGUACACGAACGUCACGGUGAACCUGGGCCCAUCCGACAACCAUAUGAUAGACCCCACCAAAGACACGACAAGGGAGACACUUUGGUGGUUUUUGAAGUUCUACUAUCCGUGAGCAAGAAGGCUGAUCUCCAUUCGUGUCACAUGGUAUUUUCGCGAUCGCCCAAUGAUAAGCCAGGGUUUCCGUGUGGGAGAAAAACGUCAUCACUUCCUGUGUACGGAUUUCCAUUGUAUCAAACGUCAUUGUUGUUGUUUUGUUUCCCUGUAUACCUGUGGGAAUCAAGUUGAUUGCAAUUCAUCUGCUAUUUUUUAUGAGCGAAUGUAGUGACACUUCAUUUAUGUAGGUGAGUGCUAAAUUAACUGUUUUACAGCAGACGAUACCAAGUGCCUUGCGUUUGCUCGAUACAAAAGCUUAUAUUAUUUUAUUACGAUUCAUGUAGGCACUCCGGUCAAUACUUUUAGCUGUUGGGCUGCUUAAAUCUUGGUUGACGUCAUAAUACGGUACCCAGCAACAGAUAUGUAGAAAAGUUUUUCUUGGCAAUGUCCGGGGCAAAUGUGGCAUAUGCAAUAUAUUAUUGUACAUUUAACAGUAUCAUAUCGGCCCGUUUUUAACAGAGGUGUAUUUUAAUAUAGUCUACCUGCUGAAACAACUGUCAUUAUUUAAGUAUUUAUUUUACCCAAACACAGACCAUUUUGUCCCGAUUCUUAUGGCCUUUUGAAUUUCUUACCAUGGUCGUGGAUAUCUUCCUGGGCUCUGCCCGGUUUCCCGCCAUCAUAAUGCUGGUCGCUGAUAUAUAAGAGAGGUAUUCUUGAGUAAGAAUAAAGAAAUAAAUUAAUAAAUGAUGGCUGUAUCCAACGAUGAUUAGUAUCUAGUCGAGAAAAACUAGUCUACUGUUGACUAGGCGUGAAAAGGAUUUUCCAAGACACAUAGAACAAUCUCGGGCAUAGCCUCAUGACAUGCGGACUGUCUUUUGUGGUAAUGAGGGCAGAGUGCAGUCCUCUCUCUUUCUCUUUUCUUUCUUUCUCUAUUUUCAUGGUCUUGAGUAUACGACGUAAAACGCCAGUCAAAUGAGUAAAUAAAUAAAUAGGUAUUUCUCAGGACAUAUCUUCCGUCACAUGGCCAUACUGACUAUGUUUCUGAAUAGAUGUUAAAAACCGGCACUCUGAUUGGUCAGCCCCGCUAGCACUAGUACUUCAUUGGUUAUGUAUUUGAAGUGAAAGAUGCCAACGUGAGCAUUGGAGGGAAUAAAGGGGUGACCUCUGGUGUAACGAGAGUCCUGUGUACGUUUACUAUUGUCAUAGGUUAGCGCGCUAGCGCAGCGUAAUGACCCAGCAGUCUCUCACCAAUGCGGUCGCUGUGAGUUCCAGCUCAUGCUGGAUUUCUCUCCGGCCGUACGUGGGAAGGUCUGUCAGCAACCUGCGGAUGGUCGUGGGUUUCCCCCGGGCUGUGCCCGGUUUCCUCCCACCAUAAUGCUCUCCGCCGUCGAAAAAGUGAAAUAUUCUUGAGUACGGCGUAAAACACAAGUGAAAUAAAUAAAUAAAUACUAUUGUGAUAUUGUGCUGUUUAGGUAACUUAUUUAAAUUAUUGCACUCUAUAUUUAACUUUAGUAUGGCGCUUGUUACCUAUAACUUUUCUUUGCGCUAUUGACCAUGACCAUUUAUUUUAUAUGUUUGAACUGAGAGUUGAGUUUCUAUGCCUCUGCCAAAGUCUUGAGUGACGUUUUUGUUUGAUGGUAUAUUUAAAUAGUGGAGAAACUGACAUAACUGACAUCAGUGCGUGUGGUCGUGGGUUUCUCCCGGGCUCUACUCGGUUUCCUCCCACCAUAACGCUGCCCGCCUUUGUGUAAGUAAAAUAUUCUUGAGUACGGCGUAAAACACCAAUCAAAUAAAUAAAUACAGGUCAUGGUUUACGUCCACAUAAUUUACAUCAGUGAUGUCAUGGUAUAUAACUAUCGUCAAUUCGGUGGGUCCAGUUUGACGACACAUGUACCUAGUGAAACCCACACUUCUUACAGCGCAUGCUUCGCUCUCUACAUUUCCUUUUACAUCACUGUCACUAACAGGAAAUUUUGAACACAGAUCUUUAACAAUGCUGAGGUCAUUGGGGUCACGAUGAUGAGGCAGGAAGUGAUUUCAGAAAACACAAACAAUCCGCCUCUCUAAUGACACGUUACUCACAUGCAUGGAUUUCCAACCCUUUUUUUUAAUCUAGUACUGCUUCACUGAGCGAACUUGCCGAAGGCAAGUAAGCAGCCCCACCCAAGCCAUUAUACUGAUACGGGUCAACCAGUCGUUGCACCAUUCCUUUAAUGCUGAACGCUAAACUAGGAAGCUACAGCUUCCUCUUUUAAGGUCUUAGGUGUGACCCAACCCAGGAUUGACCGUGGAUCUACCGCCUCCGAGAGAAUUAGCUAGAGGAUAAUCAUGAAAUUGAUGGAUUACAUCGAGUAUGUUAAACUCUUGUGGUUGGUGCAUAUAGUUUGGUGUGUUGAACAUUUAACGUGAAUUUCAUGGAUUGCGUUGUGAAUUUACUUGAAUAUACAUGAAUGAUGUACUGUAUAAUUAUCGAAAGCAAGCAUGGGUUGAUAAGGUCACUCGUAAUCUUUGAUUGCGACUCAUCUUGUUUUGAAACAGCGCAUGCGUAACUUGUGUUUGUAUUUAUUGCUUCCGUUGUUUAAAAGGAUGUGAAAAGAUCAUGUUUUCAUAUACAUAUGUAUACAUAUACGGGAGAGCUCCUAGGUUUUUGACGUCAAUCUGGAUAGCCAUAACAUGGCAACAUGACGUCACCAAAUAAGUGGCUAGAUAAUGAGGAUUGUUUACUAUUUUUGUGUGAUAAGGGGUGUAAAAUUUUUUACAUGUGCAAUAAUUCUAGGCCACGAGCUGGCUAUGAGCUGCAUUUUCUUUCAGCGGCCCAUUAAAUUAACAUUGGUGCUGUCGAGAUGUGGCUUAUUUCAUCCACACGGUCCUAAAUUCCGGCGGUGCCGUGAUACUCUUCGUUAGUUCCAGUACUCACAAACAAUAUAUCGAAUAAAAGACAUUAAUACAAAAUAUU